AUGAAUAACAACUCUUAUUAAUCGUAUAAACCGUAUUCUAGAGUUCAGCAAUAAACCUAUAAUAAUACUUAGAUCCUUUCAUAUGUUGGGCAGGUUCUCCAGAAAUCUAGAAAUAAUUACACUUAAUACAAAUAGACUGAAUCAAAUAUGAAGCAUAAUUCAAAUUAGCAAAAUAUCAAUACUGAUUCUGAUUGUAAAAAUAAUAUGCAUUCAUCCAAAAUAACACCACAAGAAUAGAUCACAGCAUAGAAAUAUGACAUCACUCCAAAAAAAAAUAUUCCUCUGCAUCAAUCUCAAUAAAAUAAUGAUAGAUAACCAUUAAUUCCGUUAAUUCCGCUUAUGUAAAAUUUAAAAGAAUAAUAUAAAUAAAAAUAAGCCUUAUUAGAGCAAACACCUACAAAACAACCAGAAGAACGGUUUAAGAAUUUUAAAAUAAUAAAGAAACUUGGUGAUGGAAAAUACAGUGAAGUGUUUCUAGCCAGGCAUUUAUAAACAGGAUUUUUGGUUGCUUUGAAAGUUAUUAAGAAGAAGUAAAUGAUAGAAGAGAUAAUGGAAGCGUAAUUGGCUUGGGAGAUUAAAAUUCAAUAUCUUCUUGAUCAUCCGAAUAUCACUAAAUUGUAUACAUUUUUUUAAACUUAAACUGAAAUUGUUUUGGUUUUAGAGUAUUGUUCACAUGGUCAAUUACUGGGUUUACUUUAGAAAUAACCAAAUUAAAAAUUUUAAGAAAAAGAAGCAUCCAAUUAUGUCCAUUAAAUUACAUUUGCAUUAAUGUACAUACACAAUAAUGAUGUUAUACAUCGAGAUAUUAAACCAGACAAUAUCCUCUUAAGUUUUGGAUAAGUUAAAAUUGCUGACUUUUCAUUUUGUGUCUACUCUCCUCACGCUUAUAGAUAGACAUAAUGUGGAACUAUCAUUUAUGCAUCACCUGAAAUCUUAGAAGGAGAUAUGUACGAUAAAAAAAGUGAUAUUUGGGGUUUAGGUGUCUUAACAUAUGAAUUAUGUUUUGGUAAACCUCCUUGGAAGGAGCACUAACAAGAAUUAAUGAAAACUGCAUGCUUUUUGAUACCGUCUUCAGCAUCUAAGGAGUUGAGAGAAUUUAUUGAAAGUUUAGUUAAAAGAUUAUCCAGAGAGAGAUUAAAUGCAAAGUAAGCAUAUAAUCACUCUUGGUUAUAAUAAACUUAAUAAGUACUACCGCUAUUCAUCCAAGAAAAUAUAAUCAUAUUUAAUUGA